UUCAAAGUGUAUUUAUUGCAAUCCAGAAAAUUGGAAUGAAGAUCAACAAGCAAUUCGUGGUGUUUAUUCUAAUUGGUGUGAUAGAUGAAAAUAUUUUAGCUAUGGCACGUCCAACAGAGAGAACAUUUAAUGAAUUUAAUUUAAUAGAACAAUUUAAAAAAGAAAAAAUAAAAACUUUAAUAAAUCUUCAAUGCGUUAAUGAACAUGAUUUUUGUGGUCCCCAAUUAAUUACUCAUACAGGGUUUUCUUAUGACCCAGAAAUUCUUAUGAGUAAACAAAUUUAUUAUUACAAUUUUGGAAUUCCUGAUUUUGGUACAAUUUCUGUUCAUUCAAUUUUAAAUAUUGCUAAAGUUAUUUGGUUUUCACUUAAAAAAGGUGAGAGAAAAUAUUUUUUAAAUAAAAGGAGAAUAAUUGAGAUAAAAUUAAUUUGUAAAUAUUAUAUUUACAUACAGUGGAAUCCCACUAAUGCGUCACUCUCGGAACCGAUGUAUGAUUAUGAUGUAUAUUACCGAGAUUCCCUGCCCAACUCUGUCCAAAGUUUGGAACAAAUAAAUGCAGUUGAAGAAUUUUCUUAUCAUGUUUAUAAAAACGGCACAGCUUUGCCUAAUUCUUUAUUUAUUUCAAAUAAUGGAAUGAUUAGUUUAAGACAAUUAAUGACACGCCAAAGACAAUUUCUCCCAAAUGAACAGGCACGUCGGUUUGCUCACAUUCCAAAGUUACUUUACAUGCUUGGAGAUAAUCUUCUUCGAAUGGUUUUUGGACCUCAAGGAAUUUAUUAUGCCCCUUUAACUGAUAAACAACACCACGCCCGUUCAUGUACUUUUGGAACAAUUCAUGUAAAUUGGAGAAAUGCUUUUACACCUAAAGGAAAAUUACAAGUUCGCCAAGUAGUUAAUUUAUUUGCUCGUUGUUCUGCAUUUCCUUAUGAAAAGGACCAAAAUUUAAUUGGAAAAUUUCAACAAAUUAGUUUGGUUACUAUUGACUCUUUAAUUAAAGAAAUGGAUAUUUCACAAUUGAUUUCUCUUUUAAAUGCUUUCUUGGAAUCAAUUAAAAGGCCUUAUUGUUCACGUCGAGUAUUAAUCGAAGUAUUAGGCCAAUUCUCUCCUGAUAAUCCAAUUGAACCAAUUAAUAACCAAUUAAUUGAGGAAAAUAAUAAAAAUGAAGAAAAUUUAAGUGAAAAUAAUACAAAAAUAGAAAAUGAAACGAUUAAACAAAUUGAGGAAAAUUUAAAUUUGGAGGAAUCUAAAAAUGAAGAGGAAGAGAAGAAGGAAGAAGAACAAAAAGAAAUGUUGCCAUCCACUAGCAACGAUAACGGAAAUGAAAUAAAUAAUGAUAAUCAAGAAAUUGAUGAAAUUGCUAAACAAAUUGAAAAUGAAACUCCUGUUAAUGAAAUAUCGGACGAAACUGCUAAAAAUGGGAGGACAUCAGUUGAUGAAGAACAAAAUUUAAAUGUAAUUACUGAAUUACCAAAUAAAAAUAAAUUAGAAAAAAAUUCAAAACUUCCAAUAUCUGCUGGAAAUUCAAUUGAAAGGCCGACAACAAUGGAUACAGAAUAUGAUAGUUAUUAUGAUAAUAAUAAUGAAUUUUAUUUGUUUGAUAUUCAAGAUUUACAUACAAAUAAAGAUGCUAAUUUAUAUGCGGACUGGCAAUGUAUUGUAUUUUAUGUUUGUAAUAUUUUGAGAGAAAAUUAUGAUUCUGUUGUUGAUUUAUUAACUUUUUGGUUUGCUGGGGACAGUAAUAGAGAUGUUAAACAAGCAAUUUAUUGUCACAUGAGGGAUUUAUUUGCAAGAAAUAUGCGUCAACAAGAGCAACAAGCAACUGCUUGGAGACGUAGAAUGGGAUUACCUGAGAAACUUAAAAAUUAA